GUCCUCUAACCAUGCAUCCACAGAUGAAGCCCCACUCCAAGAAUCCGGAACAGCUGUUCUGGCCCAGAGUUGUGAUGCGCAAAUGGCUCAACAUCUCCGCCAACGAGUCCGAUUACAGCGCCGACACCGAGGACGAAGACGACUGGGAUCCUGACUCCCCAACCGCCCAGCAAGAUUUUGGUCAGCGGGGAAGAGGAUCGAGGUUCAGUGGUAUCAAAGAAGAUGAGUCUGAGGAUGAUGACCCUGAUGAUCCUCUUCCUCGAGUACGAAGACGAAAAUCUGAGACUUUUAGAGCACAAUAUAUAAACACAAAGGAACUCAGAAUAUGUGUUGGUACAUGGAAUGUUGGAGGACAGACUCCACCGGAAGACCUCGAUAUUGAUGGUUGGCUAGAUAUCAAUGAUCCAGCUGACAUCUAUGUAAUCGGUCUUCAGGAGAUUGUGCCACUUAAUGCUGGGAAUAUAUUUGGUGCUGAAGACAGCCGGCCAGUUAGUAAGUGGGAAAACGUCAUUCGUGAAACACUGGAUAGAUUUCGACCUGCGGCCCGCAAGGUUAAAUCUUUUAGUGAUCCUCCAUCACCCUCAAAAUUUAGGCCAUCUGAUGAUGUUCCUUAUGUGGAUGAGGAGAUAUUAGAUGAAAGUGAUGGUGAUAUUGGUAAUGAAAUCCAUCCAAUGGAUGACGAACCCAAUGAUUUUGGUGCCAGCAAUGGGACAUCAGUCACAAGUGAAACAAUGAUUGUUGAAGGUCCAGUUCCAAACUUUAUUGAUAGUACAAAACUGGGGAUGCCAAUCGGAGAGGAUUUACGACGGCAACAUUCUUCUUCAAAGAGAUUAGAUAGGUUAUAUUGCUUUCGGCCAGAUGAUUGUUCAUUAGAUGAAGACACUUCUGCUGUCCAACAUAAUGGAAAGUUAACCAAAAUGCUUAGUGGGUCUGAAAGAAUUGGUUUGAACUGGCCAGAGCGUCCACUGAACUUGCUAUCUCAGCACUUAUUAGAGCGACGAAAUUCCUUUAGACCAACAAAGUCUUUCAAGUCCUCAAAAUCUUUCAGGACAUACAAUUCUUUCAAGUCAGUUGCAAAUGACAAUGCACCAGAAUUAGCUUUGCUUGGAGAAAUUGAUCUUGAAUCUCUCAUGAAACAGGAAAGAAGAUCAUCAUAUGUAAGGAUAGUAAGUAAGCAGAUGGUUGGGAUUUUCCUAACUGUAUGGGUUCGUAGGAGCUUGCGUAAACACAUUCAGAACUUAAAGGUGUCAACUGUCGGUGUUGGUGUUAUGGGAUACAUUGGUAACAAGGGAUCUGUAUCUGUGAGUAUGUCCAUAUACCAGACGCUGUUUUGUUUUGUGUGCACUCAUCUGACAGCAGGUGAAAGGGAGGUAGAUGAACAAAAAAGAAAUGCUGAUGUGCAUGAAAUUCAUCGGAGGACUCACUUUCAUUCAUUUUCUGGAAUUGGACUUCCGAAAAGUAUCCAUGACCAUGAAAGAAUAAUUUGGUUGGGUGAUCUAAAUUAUCGUAUCAACUUGUCAUAUGAGAAAACACGAGAACUUAUCUCCAAAAAGGACUGGUCCCAGUUGGCUGAGAAGGACCAGCUUGCACGACAAUUAAAAAAAGGUCGUGCAUUUGAUGGAUGGUCUGAGGGUGUUCUGAAUUUCCCGCCAACGUAUAAGUAUGACAUGAAUUCAGACAAAUAUUAUGGAGAGGAUCCAAUGGGUGGAAGGCGGACUCCAGCGUGGUGUGACCGCAUUCUUUCAUAUGGCCGAGGAAUGAGGUUACUGCAUUAUAGGAGGACUGAACAUAAAUUUUCUGAUCAUCGACCAGUGACUGCUACUUAUAUGGCAGAGGUUGAGGUGUUUUCUCCUAGGAAGCUUCAGCGUGCCCUCACAUUCACUGAUGCAGAGAUUGAAAAUGAGGAAAUUGCAACGGAUAUGGGUAUUGAUGUUGGAAUGGGCUGCUUAAAAUUGGAACAGGGUAUAUCUGAUUGGGCUCGUUGACUGGUUAAUUGAGGUACCAUAUAUGCUGUGCGUGGAAGUUCCAGCAAGUACAGAUUUCUCUUUUUAUCAAAUAUACAACUUAUAUCAUUCUUUGCUGUGAUUACUUUGUCCAUUUCAUAACAAUGAUAUACGUUGUCUGGCCAAAGAAAAGAAUAGAUACUUCGACGUACUUUUCUGAUAGAUUGUAAAUCGUAUAGGGUUUGUUUGCCGAUCGGCUGUGGAGUUAUACAUCAUAUAGUAAUGAAGAGUAGGUUUGCUUUAUACAUGACUACACAUGUGCUGUAUUGUAUGAUCAAACCUUCUCGAGGAACUCUCUAGAAUUGUAAAUAAUUUUUGAAUACAAAUUUUUAAUGGAUUUUUUUUUGUUAGAA